AUGUCGCAGCAGCUCCGCGAACGAGGCAACGCUUUGUACAAGAGAGGCCAGCUGACUGACGCCAUCAAAGCUUACCAGCAGGCCGCUCGCCAGGCCGCUCCCGACGACUAUCUCCCAUGGUCCAACCUCUCCGCCGCCUACUACGAGGGCGGCAAUUUGGCUGAAUCCAUCCAAAGCGCCCUGCGGGCUCUGGCCAUCUGCCAAAGACAUGACCAGGCCAAUGGCUCUAAUACCAGUGCUGCUGCCGAACAGAAGUUGGUUCCCCGACUGAUCAGGGCCUACCUACAUGCGCACGACUUCGACGCGGCGAGACAAUGGUUAGAUCGAUUGGGUGCCGGUGCUCAAAGUCCGUUAUCAAUCGACGAGAUACGCCUGUACCGAGAGACUCUGGUCCAUGCAGAGACACUAUGGCGAGCCGUCCCCAAUAUCGACAUGUAUAGACUCAAGCUUUUGACAGAAUUACCUCGUUUUCGACCGUCUUUUGGUCGUCAACAAGCCCUCCAGAAUAGUAGUCUCGACGAGGUCACUAAUUUGGUCGACUUCGCCGUACAUUCCGACAUAGAGAGGAACUUGUCUGUUUUUCUCGGCGGUGUUGGUGACGCACGUCACUUUUAUGCUCAGCUGGCGAUUCUUGGCGUUACUGAACGUAUGUCUAUACAAUCGGCAUCUUUUUCCAAGCGAAAAUACCAUUUUACAUUGAACGACAAUAACAAUGCCGCUGUUGGCCGAAACCUUGUUCUCUCGGUGCUCUUGGACGACCUGGCUUGUGUGGCUGAUCUCCCCCAGGUCGAAAGAACGGAAAUCUAUACCCUGGUGUACUAUAUGUUCGCUGGAGUGAUUAUACCGCGCUAUGCUUUAGCCCGCCUUUUUCGUACCGUUGAUCUGGUAAUAGGCCGACUAAGGAACAAUGAACCUGUUCUUCCAUGGCUACAGAUUUAUGAUACAGAUUGCUCGAAAGUAAUCUCCGCUCUCGAGUUAUGGCAGGAUUGUAAUAUCAUCAAUGCGUGUCCUACGAGCGACGUCAUCGACAAAACCGUGCAAGGUCUGAAAGAUGUUACCAUGUCAUACAAAAAUUUUUAUGGCUCCGACGACUACUCCCGGACGCCAUCGGGAUGUCGAAAAGAGUUUGAAACAUAUUUCGAGGCCCCGUUCCUGCAAGCUCCGCGAAGUGUAAUGAGAGAGCAUGAGCCAGAGUUAUUACAGCUGUUAGAGACAGAUGCCCCGGGAGAGAAGCUGUCUAGUUACAUAACUGAGCACUGGUGCGUCAAUCCAACUCUUAUCGAUGGUGAGGGUUGGCACCUUAGAGAGACAAGUGUCUUCGGUGUGGCGGUUUCUGAAAACCCAUUCGACGUCUGCCGAACUCUGUAUAACGCCGUUUCUAUCCAAGAGAGAGGCGGCCCUCGGAAGACGAAGUUGUUUGACUAUGCCUCGGGCUUUUUCCAAAUGGUGGUGGUUGCAAUUCGCAGGAUUCGUGGUCGGCUUAGUGCUGAGUACCUUCUGAAUGACCUCGCCGAGGUGAUUGAGGAGGUGCGAUAUGGCCUAGUUGAAGACCGUGAUACUGCAGCCCCUGCUGUCUUUGAUUUGGUUCAUCUGUCAAACGCGGCUGGUUGUGUGGGCAGCAGUGAUUUUUCCAGGAUAAUACAUGCUGGCAAAGUUUUAAACGGUUCCCAGGAUGCGAGACUCGUGAUCAGCACACGCCGUUUGGACUCUCGGAAGGAUUUCCAUGAAGAAAGUCACAGUCGCUGCAUGACUACCAGCGAUGGAGAAACACUCUUCAAAACUUCCCAGUUGCGAGUGACUGGAAAGAAAGGGCAAUCGGGAUCCACGUCCUCGUCAUUGAUACUGGAGUUGAAACGGGUCCGACCGGCAGCCUUUCCAUACGAACAUUUACUUUCACGCGCGGAGCUGACGCGGUUUGUGAUUACUCAAUUCUUCAGGCUGGCUGCGCCAUGUGGUAGAAGCUUCUUAGCUGGCAACAACUCUGACCGCGAAACCUCGGCGUCCAAUUUGGCCAACUUCUUCGACAUCCUCAUUCACUUACAUGACGUGGGCUAUCCCGCUCAUUGGCUAGCCGAUGUCCUUGCAAAGAUCUUAGGUGACGGGGUGAACGCCUCACCAUCUCCUCCAAGGACACCGGACGAAUCCAAUCCCCGACGCAACAAUACCGCUAGCAUGGCAGCAUUGGAAGAUGUAUAUGGCAGCAGUGCAGCACCCUUUAUCCCGGAACUGUCCACGCUUACAACCAUGUUUCAGCGUGUAUUACCUUUCAGUCCAAUUGCCACCGGCUUACCAUCUCCUGCUUCGAUUUGUCAGUACAGCAUCAAUUUCAAUAAGGCGCUUCCUUUGCCUAUGGUGGAUGGCAGAAGAUUGCUACUGAUGAUUUAUAACAUCCCUGACUACGUUCCUACUGCAGCAUCGAUGAACUUUCCUUUCCCUGACGAAGGCUGCAUACUCAUAUCGACGUUCACGUACACUCACGACAGCGAUGACAACGCCAGCGUCAAGUUCUGGAUGAGAGAAGACUUGAUGAGUCAGAUACAGACGCAAACAGUUUCUUCUGAUGGGACUUGUCGCUGGUACAGUACAGUUUUACGUGCUGACUUCGAAAAUAAAUGGAUACCAUGUUCUGAACAACCGGCACAAAUCGACGAUACAGUGGUGAAAGGGGAACAAUGGAUAUCCGUAUAUUCAUUAUCAACUGAUGAUGAUGACGAUGACGAGAAUUGUAACAAUGAAACGAUGGAACUGGAUGAUUAA